AUGGUUGAACGAUCAGCUGGUACCAAAACCAGACGAUUGCUUUCCAUGAAAGCUCGAUCUUUGCCACCAAUCGAUGAAACAGCUGAUCCGCUAACUUUGUUUCAAAGGCAUAUUUCACAGUUGCAUGAAAUUGCAACGGAAUGUGAACUAUUCGAAUUAGCGAAACCAAGUUUAACAAAAUUACUCACCCUUUGUAAGCAUGAAACAUAUCGUAACAAUGAUCGAUGUUUCCGUAUUUUCCUACUUGCCAUGAAAUUUUUAAGUGAUACAAAUGCACUGAAAAUGUUCAGUGCAUUCUACGAUAACAAAAUAUUUACACGAUUAGCUGACUUUUACAUUUGUUGGGCGCGACGUUGUGAUGACAAUCAUAGCUUUGUCCGAGCUAUUCUUAUCAAAGCGGAAAAAAUGAACGCCAGACCGAAAUGCGCAAUUAGCAUUAGAAAAAGGUCAUCUGCUUUCCCGUAA